GAGACUUAAGAGUUAAGAGCGAAGUCUUAAGACCACCUGCGUAGUACAAGUUUUGCGAUAAACUGUUGUGUGUACACUUUACCCUAAAGCAACUGUAUAAUGAAGUUAAUAUCACAAUAAUCCGUAAAUCUUGUUAGAAUGGGACGGUUUUAGUUUGUAGAAUCUGAUAGGGGUGAUACCAUUAAAGUGGUAGGUAUCGUCUCGAAUUCCGGAGCAGUAAACGUUACCAGAGAACGAGAAUCGUAACACUCAACCCCCUCCCCCACUUUGAAAAGAACGUUAAAUUUUACCGUUUCUGUUUCGUUCCAAAAACUUUUUUGAAAGUUCAACAUUUAUGAAAUGUCAUUUAUGUCACCACAUGUAUAAAAAAUAAAAAUGUUAAGCAUUAAAACUGCUUUAGAAGACAAUAAAACGCACGUUGGAGCUGUUGCUGGUGCAAUAUCAAUUGUAAGAUAUUUCAACGUUUUAUCAACAUCUUAUUAUGUGUACGACGCAAGUUUUUGUUUGAAAAUACCGAAAAGCAUAUUCGUAAUCAAUUUAUCGACUGUAAUUUUAAACGGAAUUUACGCCUCUUUAAUUCUUGAUGUUUUAUUGGCAACAGUAAAUGUUAUUUACGCCGCGAUAGAUUCAGCUUGUAUCCUUACUUAUUGGUAUUAUUAUUACUCCCCUGCAAAUCUACGGCUAAAUCGAAGAAUUGAAUGUUUUCUUGAAAACGUUUUGAUUUCAUUCAUCGAAGCUUUGGUGGUCGUUUUAAUUUUUUACGGAUUAUGUGAAAUGGUUAAAUUAGAACGAGAAGAAAAACGUUUCCGUUGCGGUUUGGGUUUAAACAUUUUCAAUAUGAUCACUUUAAUAAAACCGGCUCGUAAAUUGGAAUAUGAUAUUAAACAACACUUUAUUUUAAGAAUUGACCCGGAAAACGUGUUACAAGUAACAUUAAUUUACGUUUUAUGGUUAAUUUACGCGAUUGCAAUCGAAGACGAAUGGAUGUUUUUGUUAAAUUUACAAUUUUUAACGAUAUGCCUAACUCAAAUGAUCGCCGAAAAAUACGUCUCGAUAGAUUUGAUUCGAGUUUUAUCAUCGUAUUCUGUGGACGAUGAUGAUUAGAAAAUCUUUUAUCUUAAAAUGUAAAAAAAAAGGUCGACAACCUUAAAACUUUAAACGCAACGUUGUUCCGUCUAUUUCGCAACGGCACCACCACGGCGAAACUUUUGAUGAUGGGAAGAAUUGAUUGUACUGAUAAAGUAAUUGCCCCCGUUGUAUUUGUACUAGAGAGACGUAUGUAUUGUAUAACGUAACCGCAGGAUGUAU